AUAUUAAAAAUCAGAUAAUGAAAAAAAGUAUUAUAAGCGUGAAAAGUUAAUGUUCUAAAUCAUAAUUACAUUUCUGCGUAUGAAAUUCAAUUAUUCAUCCGCAGAAUAUUUCGCUAUGGUCGAUUUCAAGUACUUAAUAUCUUUAUGUAUAGCGUUCUAUCAUACAUCUGGCCAAUUCCAAGAACACAUAGACUUGCAGAAAAUAUCUGAAGUAAUGUUUAGAAAUGAAAAAUUCAAUGUUCUUAAACCAACAGUACAUGUUAUACAAGAUCAUUUCAAAGAGUUCAUACAAAAAAGAAACAGCGUAAAUUUCCCAACAGAACGAGUAUUUUUAGAUAAAAAUGGGUUUCGACAUUUCUGGGAAGGCAUGGAGUUUCCUAGACCUAAAAGCUUACGUAAAGCCAUAGCAUUAAAUACUGAUAAAGAAAUUAUACAACUUAAACACAAUAACAAACAAAUACCUACUGCCACAGACACCAAUAAAAAUGAUACAAACGUCAAAAUGAAAGAUAAACCAAAAAGAAAGAAGAAAAUCGAAGCUGAUAUUUUGAUUCCAGCCAAACAAACCUUAAGGGGUAAAUCAACGGUUGUGAAAACUACAUUUUUCUGUCCAUUCUUUGGUGUCAUUACAAUGUCUACUAAUGUUGAUAAACAUUUUGAUGACUCACAGACAUUGCAAGACAUUAAAUAAUCAUAGUAUUAAGUACAAUAAUAUAAGACAUAUUUAUAACAAUUUUGAUGCAUAAGUAUUGUAAUUAUUUCUCAUUUGAUCAGAAUAAAUCAUUUAUUUUUAAUACGGCGUGCAAACACAAACAGUUUCAUUAUAUUCAUAGAUAAAAUAUUGUAAGUUUAGUAUUUAAAAACUCUACAUUUUUUAAAUUACAGUUAAGGCUUAUUAUGUACUUUAUUCAUCAAAAGGUUUGCUUAUAUUGACGUCUUCUUUAGGACCAUCCAUAAAUCUCCUAUUGAAUCGCCUGGUCAUAUACGGGUCUUCGUCUUCGUUAUCGAAUUUAUAAACAUUGAAUGUAUUUAGAAAACCAUUCACAGCUGUUUUUAAAGCUCUCCUAUAACUCGUUACUGGCAUUUGUCUUCUCAACGUCACUACCGGUUCGAAUGGUAUUAUCAUACCAGCUGCGCUUGCUAAAAGCGGUAUUAAUGGUGCAGGUAAAUAGAAGGAAACGAUUUCCAUCACCCCAUUGACAAUACAUGUUCCAAUAUUUGUGAGAACAGUUUUUAUUUUCGGUGUAUUAAAAAAUGUUUUUAUGGAGAACGUUAUUUUAUUAUAAAAGUUCAGUAUGACGUUAUUUUGAACAUUGGAUAGUUCUGAGUUAUUUUUUCUAGGGGAUUCGAUCUCUUUGUCUGGUAUUUCUAUAUUUUCAUCAAUAACAUUAGAGUUUAAGAAUUUAUAAGGUUUAUCGUCUAUUGUUGUUGUUUUUUCGAAUUGGUCAUUUAUUUCUGGGUUAAAACCGUCUGGUUGAGGCUGUAAAGAUUUUAUAGUUUAGUUUCAACAAAUAGUGUGAAGUUGUCAUAAUAUUUAUAUAACUUAUUUUUGUGAAAUAAAAAACAAUUUUGCGUAUAUUGUAUUCUAUAUAAAAAGCCGAGAUUGCCUAGUAGUUAGAACGCGUGAAUCUCAACCGAUAAUCAUGGGCUCAAACCCGGGCAGGCACCACUGAAAUUUCAUGUGCUAAUUUGUGUUUAUAAUUCAUCUCGUGCUUGACGGCGAAGGAAAAUAUCGUGAGGAUACCUGCAUGUGUCUAAUUUCAUUGAAAUUCUGCCACAUGUGUAUUCUACCAACCCGUUUGGAGGCCUUAGCCCAGCAGUGGGACAUUAACAGGCUGUUAUUGUUGUUGUUGUUUGUAUUCAUCAGAGGUUUAUUGAUGCGUAAACAUAUUAGCGCUCGGUACACGGUACUCCCUACCGAGAGAUUCUUGAUCUUACUGAGGUUUCGAGCGUCAGAUGACGUCAGCGUAAGAUUUGUUAUUGUUAGCAUGUUAAUGUGUGCGUGAGAUCGUUACCUGAGCACAUGUUUACACAUCAAUUCUCGUACCACUCAAGGUGGCAGCGGCAAUCACACUGCCAAACAGCAGUACUAUAUGAAUGUCAUCAUUACAAGUUUGAGUAUAGGAGUACUGCAUAUCUUCACCACUAUCACGUUUCCUUUAACUUGUGACGUCACUCAGGAGAACAGUCACGCCUGCUGACGUCAUCCCUGCUAACCUUGGUUGCAGAUUACUCAGGGAUGUAACUAUGUGAAGCUUAAAUUAAACUCAUCGCCAAUUAAAAACAUCGUGUUACAUUUUUGACCGCUCUUGAGCGUUCACUGACCACGUGGUCUGUUAUCAUGUUACCCAUAAACUCGUAUGCUUUCUAUUAUAAAAAAGUGCUCUAUUGGUCAGAGUCAUGAUACAGUUUUAAAAUGAAAUUUAAAAAAAACAUCUAAUGCUUUCAGAAAUACACGUUUUUCAGAGAUUCAUUAUCCAUUAAAAAAAAACAAUUAAACAAGAUUAGUCGCGUAAGCGUCGAUAACGUGAUUUUAAUUUGAAAUUAUUGCGUUCCAGCCACGAAAAAGUAAUAAUAUAAAUAUUCGUGUAUGAUCUCCGGACAUAUCGAGUUACAAUGGAUAUUUUACUCAUUGCCCUAUCGGUUUUCGUUUUAAUAACGAAUGUAGUCGCACAGGUACCAUACGAUUACAUACCUAUAGGCAGGCAGGCUCGACGCGAAUGGCCGGGCGCUCAUCCAUCUGACAUUAAUCUUUAUUACGAACGCCUGUUCCCAUCACGCCGCAGAUACAGUGAUUAAUUAUAAUGUAAUAUAAUUAAAUAAAUUAUAUUCACAAUGAAA